GAUGCUGGCACUUGCUGCGCGGGUCCGGCCGCCUAACGGUGGUCGGUGCCUCACUUCAGCUGCAGCGAGUCACCGCUGGAGAGGGGCUCGCCGCCCGGCGGGGACUGCAGGCAGGCAAUGACUCAGGAUGCAGCCAGCAGCCACGACGUGCACGGAAGACCGCAUCCACCAUGCUCUGGAGCGAUGCUUGCAUGGACUGAGCCUUGGACGCCGCGCAGCCCCCUGGUCAGCCGGGCUGUGCCUGAACUGCUGGAGCCUACAGGAGCUGGUCAGCAGGGACCCGGGCCACUUCCUCAUCCUCCUGGAACAGAUCCUACAGAAAACCCGAGAGGUCCAAGAAAAGGGCACCUAUGACCUCCUCGCCCCACUGGCUCUGCUCUUCUAUUCCACCGUCCUCUGUACGCCACACUUCCCACCAGACUCCGACCUCCUCCUGAAGGCAGCCAGCACCUACCACUGCUUCCUGACAUGGCCCGUUCCCUACUGCAGCAUCUGCCGAGAGCUGCUCACUUUCAUUGACGCUGAACUCAAGGCCCCGGGGAUCUCCUACCAGCGUCUGGUGAGGGCUGAGCAGGGCCUGUCCAUCAAGAGCCACCGGAGUUCCACUGUCACCGUGCUGUUGCUGAACCCUGUGGAGGUCCAGGCCGAAUUCCUGGCCGUGGCGGACAAGCUGAGUACACCGGGACAGUCACCCCACGGCGCCUACAUCACCCUGCUCCUGCAUGCCUUCCAGGCCACCUUUGGGGCCCGCUGUGACCUUCCCAGGCUGCACCGCAAGCUCCAGUCCAAGACGCUGGAAGAGCUUGAAGACAUCUUCACGGAGACUGCGGAAGCCCAGGAGCUGGCAGCUGGCAUUGGGGAUGUAGCAGAGGCCCGCCAGUGGCUGCGGACUAAGCUGCAGGCAGUGGGAGAGAAAGCCGGCUUCCCUGGCAUCUUAGACACUGCAAACCCUGGGAAACUCCACACCAUCCCCAUCCCUGUCGCCAGGUGCUACACCUACAGCUGGAACCAGGACAGCUUCGACAUCCUACAGGAAAUCCUCCUCAAGGAGCAGGAGCUGCUGCCACCAGGGAUUCUGGGAGACGAUGAAGAGGAGGAGGAGGAGGAGGAGGAGGAAGAGGAGGACUUAGAGAUUGACAGGCACAGUGCCGAGAGGGACUCGCUCCUCUCCACCAGCUCUCUGGGGUCCCACGACUCCACUCUGUUGCUCGCCACCUCUCAUGCCUCGGGGCCCACACUGUCCCGCCAGGUCCUGACCACCUUCGUCUCAGGCCUCUCGGAUGGCAUGGACAGUGGCUACGUGGAGGACAGCGAGGAGAGCUCCCCGGAGUGGACCAAGAAGCCCGGUGGCCAGCAGCGCCAGGGGCAGCGCAGGCCUGGGCAGAAGUUCAACAGGUUCUACAAACUGUUGAAGAGCACCAGCCAGCUGGUCCUGCGGAGAGACUCUCGGAGCCUGGAGGGCAGCGCCGACGCAGCCCUGCCUCUGCGGCGGGCCGGGAGCCUCUGCAGCCCCCUGGACUGUCCAGCCCAGCUCCCCCCCAGGGCCCAGCGCUCACGCUCCCUACCCCAGCCCAGGCUCAGCACCCAGCUACCCAGCUGGCUUCUGGCACCCCCCUCACACCACCAGCGUCGCCGCCCCUUCCUCAGUGGCGAUGAGGACCCCAAGGCUUCCACUCUCCGGGUUGUGGUCUUUGGCUCCGACCGGAUUUCGGGAAAGGUGGCCCGGGCAUAUAGCAAGCUCAGGAGGCUGGAGAACAGCCACCCGAUCCUCACGCGCUUCUUCAAGCUUCAGUUCUUCUACGUGCCCGUCAAGCGAAGCCGCGGAACCAGCUCCAGUGCCUGCCCGCCCUCUCUGAGCCAGUCAUCUGCGUACCCCACAGAUUCCCUGAGGCACCCCACCCUGGCAGAGCUUGGCACAGCCCCGUGCGAGGACAGUACCAAUGACAUCUCUCACUACCUCGGCAUGCUCGACCCCUGGUACGAACGCAAUGUGCUGGGCCUCAUGCACCUGCCUCCUGAGGUCCUUUGCCAGCAGUCCCUGAAGGCAGAAUCUCGGCCCCUGGGGGCCCCGGCCGCCCAGCUGCCCAUCCUGGCCGACAUGUUGCUGUACUACUGCCGCUUUGCCGCCCGCCCAGUGUUGCUGCAGGUCUAUCAGACAGAGCUGACCUUCGUCACUGGGGAGAAGACUACAGAGAUCUUCAUUCAGUCUCUGGAGCUGGGUCACUCUGCAACCACGCGUGCUAUCAAGGCUUCAGGUCCAGGCAGCAAGCGGCUGGGCAUUGAUGACGACCGAGAGGCCGUUCCUCUAACACUACAGAUUAUUUACAGCAAGGGAGCCAUCAGUGGGCGAAGCCGCUGGAGCAACCUGGAGAAGGUCUGCACAUCUGUCAACCUCAGCAAGGCCUGCCAGAAGCCGGAGGAGCUGGACUCCAGCAUGGAGGUGCUGACGCUAACCUUGACGGAAGUGGUGAAAAGGCAGAACCCUAAGUCCAAGAAGGGCUUUAACCAGAUCAGCACCUCCCACAUCAAAGUGGACAAGGUACAGAUCAUCGGCUCCAGCAGCUGCCCCUUUGCCGUGUGUCUAGACCAGGAUGAGAGAAAGAUCCUGCAGAGCGUGGUCAGGUGUGAAGUGUCACCUUGCUACAAGCCGGAGAAGAGCAGCCUGCCACCCCAGAGGUCCUUCGGCCAGCCGGAAGAGGCUGGGACUGACCUGUGCUCCCUUCUCUGCCUUCCCAUCAUGACUUUCAGUGGAGCUCUGCCCUAGUGUUCCAGGCUGAACAGGAAAGAGCACAGCUUCUCCUGGCCUACUGUCUGGGGCAGCCUCAUCAGAAUGCUUCUGUAGGCCCUGCCAUGGACCAGGGAUGUGAGGCCAGUGGUAUCUGGAGCCUCAGAGAGCUGAUGAAGCAACAGGCCCUGGAGAGAGAAGGGCCUGGCCACCCAUUCUUACAGAAUGCCUAUGAGCAGAGGGAGUGGGUGGGUGAGUGGCCCAGAAGAAAGGUCUGAGGCUCCUUUCCAAGCCCUGGGCUGAGCCCAUCUUCAAUUUGUCAAAGACUCGGGCCCCUCUCUAGAGGUCAGUCUUUCUAAGGCAUAAGUAGGAGAAUGAUGGGUGAGACAGUUCUUUCCUGGCCUCAGAUACCAUCUCUUUAUCCUAUCACCAUCAUCAGGAGCACAUACACACACACACACACACUUUCUCUCUCAAGUUCCCUAGGUCCCUUGAAAAGACAGCACUAAUAUUUGGUCCACCACUAGGACCUGGUACGUUUUCUCUCCUGGACUCCUUGUGAGUCUCAGAUGCUAAGAAGACAGGACAGGCUUGGUUCCUUACUAGCUAAAAUAACCAGAGGAAGUUGACGCACGUCUCUGAGCCUCCAUUUCAUCAGUCCUGGUGUAGAGGGGGAAGUAUGUCCUUACAGGGAGAGCCUUGCUUAGGGCCUGGCUCCCCGCAGCUGUGCAGGAAAGCCCUGCUGUCCGCCGCUGAUGCCCUGCUUCAAGAUAGUCCGUUUGACCUUUCCACCUAGGGAUGAGGCAGAACCCAUGAGGGCCAAGCAUCCGUCAGGAAGGGCCACCUAGGUACGAACCCUCCCCCACUGCCCUGGCACGCCCCACCCCAACCCCACGGCCUCACUUCCUCUCGGUGGUGGGACUGGCACACUCCUGCACUUCCCAUGUGGUAGCUUUCACCUCCACGAGUUCUCUGGACAAGAUCUCGGAGCAGGGGAGGCCAGAGAGCUGGAUGUCGAAGGUUAGAGACAGGGAGCUCAUGCAUGGAAAAGGCUGGCGCACAGUUGGCCCGGAACCUGAGGUUUAAGCCUAGCAGACUGGAGGGCUCAAAAGGUUGACAAAAUGUGCCUCAAGUGGUAAGGCUGCAGCGGGGCUUGGGCUGGCACAGGGGCUAGAGAACCUUGGCAGCGUAACAAGUCACCCACAGAGUCCUCCUUCCCGCCCUCAGAACCCUUGGAUUCCAAAGACCCCGGCCCAUAGGAGCCCACGAACCCCUGAGAGUGCUCAGGAUGGGAGGGGCUGUGGGCAGAGCUACUGUGCUGUCGUCCCAUGUCCCAGCCGGCUGUGUCUCUGCCAGGCUCUGCAACAGUGAGUCAUGCAUUCCAGUGUGCUUCAGCCCUCUGGGUGGGCUCGUUGUUCUGCCCUACUCUCAUCAUGACAGGACCCAGUGAAUGGGAUUUAAAAUUAUUAUCAAAUAAAAGUGACUUAGUGUGUAUC